GCGCAGAGGCGCCACCGUCGCCGGUAGACGACUUCACCCCCCACGCCCACCACGCCCACCAGAUAAUGAAUGCAAACCAGCGACUCAAGCCGAGCCACCAAGGCGGCGGCGGCGGCGGCAGCUGCGCCGACUCGCCGGAGCCCGGCAUCCUCAACGAGCGCGUGCUGCUGCUGGUCUUCGAGUCGAUCCAGUGGGACCUCCGGGUGCUCUGCCUCGUGUCCUCGGUGAACCGGAAGCUCCGGGCCAUCGCGAAGCGGCUGCUGUGGCGGGAGCUCUGCGCCUACCGCGCGCCCCGCAUGGUGGCGACAUUGACCGCCGGGGGGGCCCGGAUCGGCGGGGGGUGGCCGGCGGUGGCGAAGCUCAUGUUCUUCUGCUGCGGCGCGGAGCCGAGCCGGAACUUCCGGAUGGGGCAGCAGCUGCCGGGGCACUUCGCGAGCACGUCGCGGUUCUCGAAGACGUCCGGGCGGAGCUUCCUGCCGCGGCGGUGCCGGGGCGACGUGCUGUACGUGAGCGACCCGUGCGAGCACGAGAUGAAGAAGGCGGGGCACCAGGACGACCUCGGGGUGUACCGCGGGGUGUUCAAGGAGUUCAGCGGCUCCCGGACGCGCGCCUGCCUGAUCGGGCGCCGGGUCGGGCUCGAGGACCGGGCGUGCCCCUACUGCGGCGCCCGGGUGUGGAGCAUGACGACGGCGCGGCUCGUGCCACGGAGCGCGGCGCGGCGGCUCGGCUCGCGGAACGGGCGGCUCGAGUACUUCGUGUGCGUGAACGGGCACCUGCACGGCACGUGCUGGCUGGCCCCGCUCUCGUCGGAGGAGGAGGAGGAGGACGACGGCGGCGGCGGCGGCGGCGGCGGCGAGUUCGAGGACGACUACGACGACGACGAGGACGGAGGAGACGACGACAAGGAGGGAGGCCGGAGCGGUCAGGAUGCGGUCAACGAGGGUGACGAUCGGGCGGCCACGGAUGGCAGCACGAGCUCCACGGGGGAAGAGAUUAUCGGGGAGUGGGGGCCCGCGGAGUGAACGGAGGUUGACUUUCUCGGCCGCUGAUUGGUGGAGCGCCCCGCUUGCGUGGCGAAUUAUUCUUAUUAUUAUUAGUCUCUCGACCCUUUUCCCGGGCGCGAGCUUCCCGAAGGUCGAGUGCUCCGCGACUGUAGGUGGGAGCGCGAUUCCGUGAGGUAGCGACCACCGUAUUGAUUUUCGAUCUCAUUAGAUCGUGCGGACACGAUUUCCUUUUGUAAGCGUCGUGCUUGACGGUGACCAAUGAGGUUUCAUUAGUGUUACAACCUCCUGGGGGACAUAUAUUUUAAUAAACUUUUUGUCCGUUUCAUCAUCA